UGAGUGUCUGAAAGCGUCACUCAGUCUCUCUCAGAUCAGGACAGAGACACACUGCUCUCCUCUUCUCUCCAUCAUCCCUCCAUCUUCCUCCUCCUCCAUCCAGAACUCUCUCUCUCUCCAUCUUGUGUCCUCUCUCCUCCACCCUGCAGACAGGUCGAACUCUUCAUCAGCACCAUCAUCAUCCUCCGAGGAACAGGGAGCCCUCUGACCCUAGCCCCGCCGGGUCACCAUGGCAACGGUCAUCUGCACUCGUUUCACCGAAGAGUUUCAGCUGUACGAGGAGCUGGGCAAGGGAGCGUUUUCGGUGGUGCGGCGCUGUGUGAAGGUGUUGUCCGGUCAGGAGUACGCCGCCAAGAUCAUCAACACCAAGAAACUGUCUGCCAGAGAUCAUCAGAAGUUGGACCGUGAAGCUCGGAUCUGUCGUUUACUUAAACAUCCAAACAUUGUUCGGCUUCAUGACAGCAUCUCAGAGGAGCUACAUCAUUACCUCAUCUUCGACCUGGUCACAGGCGGCGAGCUGUUUGAAGACAUCGUGGCCAGAGAAUAUUACAGUGAAGCUGAUGCCAGCCACUGCAUCCAGCAGAUUUUGGAGGCGGUGCUACACUGUCACCAGAUGGGCGUGGUCCACAGAGACCUAAAGCCAGAGAACCUGCUGCUGGCCUCGAAGUCCAAAGGUGCGGCUGUGAAACUGGCCGACUUCGGCCUUGCCAUCGAGGUGGAGGGAGACCAGCAGGCCUGGUUUGGCUUUGCAGGGACUCCAGGUUACUUGUCUCCAGAGGUUCUAAGGAAGGACCCGUAUGGAAAAGCAGUCGACCUCUGGGCCUGUGGUGUGAUUCUCUACAUCUUAUUGGUCGGUUAUCCUCCGUUCUGGGAUGAAGAUCAACAUCGUCUCUACCAGCAGAUUAAAGCUGGAGCUUAUGAUUUUCCGUCUCCGGAGUGGGACACGGUGACUCCUGAAGCCAAAGAUCUCAUUAAUAAGAUGUUGACCAUCAAUCCGGCAAAACGCAUCACAGCUGCAGAGGCCCUCAAACAUCCGUGGAUCUCACAUCGCUCCACGGUGGCGUCCUGUAUGCACAGACAGGAAACCGUCGAGUGUCUGAAGAAGUUUAACGCCAGGAGGAAACUGAAGGGGGCGAUUCUGACCACCAUGUUGGCUACCAGAAACUUCUCAGGAGGAAAAAGCAACAAGAAGAACGAUGGAGUCAAGGAAUCAUCAGAGAGUACGAACACAACUAUAGAGGAUGAAGACACCAGAGUGAGGAAGCAGGACAUCAUUAAAGUCACGGAGCAGCUCAUCGAGGCGAUCAGCAACGGAGACUUCGAGAGCUACACUAAAAUGUGCGACCCAGCUGUGACGGCGUUCGAGCCCGAGGCGUUGGGGAAUCUGGUGGAAGGGCUGGACUUUCACCGCUUUUAUUUUGAAAACUUGUGGUCUAAGAACAGUAAACCUGUCCACACCACCAUCUUGAACCCUCACAUCCACCUGGUCGGGGACGAGGCCGCCUGCAUCGCUUACAUCAGAGUGACUCAGUACAUCGACGCCAACGGGACGCCUCGCACCGCCCAAUCAGAGGAGACCAGGGUGUGGCACCGUCGCGACGGCAAGUGGCAGAUCGUCCACUUCCACCGCUCAGGCUCCGCCUCCACGCUCAGCAAGUAUGAACAAGUUAACUUCCAGAGUGGGCGGGUCUUUGAUGGGGCCAGCGUCACCUUGACAACAGAUUGAUUGACAGCAGACCAGGCAGGACUUUUAGAAGUUUGAUAAAAACCAAAAGGAGGAGGAGACAUGGGCGGGGCUUCCUGCAGUGAACUGCACAAUCAAUCAACCAAUCAGCUUCCUCUUUUUAGCUUGUUUGGACUCUGUUACACCCUUGUGAUCAACCAAUCAGCUGCCCAGCACAGGGUCUGUGAAGGUGUGGAAACCUCGUAUCUCAUCAACAUCUGAUCGAUGAUCAAUAAUAACGACGAGUUUAACAUGAAAUAUUUUCCGACAUUUGAAGAAACUGUUCGUCAUCACGAGGCAGCGUUUCAUCAGUUUCCUGUUCAGUUCAUAAAAAGACGGAAACAUGGAAAUAUAAUGUCAUAAAUGAUAAGAAGAAUUAAUCAAUGAAUAAUAAUUGUUUUUAAAUUCACCUUGAUUGAAAGAUAAGGUUUUUUGAUCAUCAGUGGUUGAAUGUUUCCAAGGAGAUAUGAGGUUUCCACCUGAACAUAAAGAAAACGACAUACACAUCAUAUCAUACGAUAUCAUUAAAAACAU